AUGCAGGCCUACCGUUCUAACUCGGUGCGUUCGCCUUCAUGCUUGAGCAACCCCCAUGGACUUCAACUGGUCUACCCGCAGUACCCUACCCCCACCACCGACGUGCCUGCCGCCGUACACGCCCUUAUCACCGCGAUGAAAAGCAUACAGACGUCGCUGCAAGCCUGGGCGUCCGUGCGCGCUGCUGCCGAAAAAGUCAGCGACGCCUACAUCAAUUUCGGAAACGCGUUCAACGCUGUCGUGCACGCCUUCAGCGCUUACAACAUCGACACGAGAGAUAUACACCCGAUCCCUCAGCGCCUGCGGUCUAUCCUCGAAGUGUGCCUCGGCCAAAACCCCUCACCCGCCGCGCUCUCGGCGUACAUGCCCGAAGUGCGCCAACAGUUGUUCGAUGUGCUCGCCGGCCUGCGCACCAAGCAGGCCGCAUGGCGCGCAGCCACGGGACGUCCGCCGCUUUUGCUUCCCGUCUCGCUCGACUGA